AUGGCAAAGACCUACCUGGAUGUCUAUCCAGACGCUCGAUUGUUGAUGCUGGAUUCAGCCGAAUCGAUUGGAGGGACAUGGUCUGCAAAUCGACUGUACCCGGGCCUUCACUCGAAUAACUUGGUAGGAUCUUAUGAGUACUCGGAUUUCCCGCUCGAUCGAUCCGCUCUGGGAAUCAGCACUGGAGAGCACAUCCCGGGCCCAAAGCUGCACCAAUACCUUCAGGAUUUUGCUGCUGAAUUUGAUUUGACCAGGAGGACCAAGCUUAAUGCGAAAGUCGAGGUUGUCGAGCGUUUAUCUCCAGAUGAAUGGAAAGUCAGCUACCGAGAUGCUUCCGACUCUGUCGAGAGCGUGUUUGCAAAGAAGCUCAUCAUUGCUACCGGCCUGACAAACAAUCCAUUUAUUCCUCAGUUCCCGGGCCAGGACACUUUUGAGACCCCUGUCUUCCACGUGAGGCAUCUCAAGGACCACGCAGACCAACUGUUGAAGUCCGCCAAGAACAUCAUUCUCCUUGGAGGUUCCAAGUCUUCGUACGACGCGGCAUAUGCAUUUGCGUCGCAAGGGGUGACUGUAGACUGGAUUAUCCGUGAGUCUGGCCACGGUGCCAACUGGAUGUCACCGUCCCUUGUUACACCUUUCAAAAAGAGACUUGAGGGUUUGGUGGGCGUCCGCUUUUUCACCUGGUUCAGCCCUUGCAUUUGGGGCGACCAGGACGGCUUCGCGUGGGUUCGAAAGAUGCUCCAUUGUACCUGGAUCGGAAGAUUCUUCGUCGACAGGUUCUGGGACAUUCUGACAGCCGAUCUUGAAGAGCGGACCGGCUAUAACAAACACCCCGAGACCGCAAAGUUGAGGCCGAAGCUCCCCGCCUUUUGGCACGCAUCUUCGCUGUCAAUCUUGAACUAUCCCACUGAUGUCUUCGAAUACGUCCGCAAUGGGACUAUCAAGGUUCAUGUCGCCGACAUCGAUCAUCUCUCGAAACGAGCCGCGUACCUGAGCGACGGUACGGAACUGAGUGGGGACGCUUUGAUUUGCUCUACGGGCUGGCACCAUCGACCCUCCAUGAAAUUCUUGCCUGAAGGCAUCGACGCAGAGCUAGGGAUUCCGAACCAUUCGAGCGAACCUGAAUUCAAACUCCUCAGUCGCGCCGACAAGGAGAUUCUUAGUCGUUUUCCCCGACUUAAAGACCAACCAGAUGCAUACCAAAAUUACAUGCCUCUGCAACCAACAAAGGACGAGGCCGGUGUCAACCAACGCCCUUUCCGCCUGUAUCGCUUUAUGGUGCCGCCCACAAGCAUCAACAACCCCUCCAUCGCUUUCCUCGGCAUCCUUUUGACAAUCCACACCGUCCCGGUCGCACAAGCCCAAGCGCUGUGGACCACAGCUUAUCUAAACGGCCAACUGCCUGCUCAACAAGAUAAUCCCACGAAAAGUUUGGAUCCGGAUGCCGUAGCUUAUGAAACGAUCUUGCAAACCCAAUUCGGCAAAUGGCGGUAUCCGGGGGCAUUCGGGAAGCAAUUUCCCGACUUCGUGUUCGACGCGGUGCCGUACAUGGAUAUGUUGUUGAGAGAUAUAGGGCUAAGGUUUAGAAGGAAGAAGAGCUGGUGGGCGGAGAUCUGGUACCCAUAUGGGCCAGAGGACUACAAGGGUUUGGUAGAUGAAUGGCGGGUUAAGGUGAGUUGA